AUACAAAGUCACGAUAAACAACGUAGAACAACGUAGAUACUACAUUAAAUCCAUCGUCAAUUUCUUCAGACGAGUAGUUACAUUGUGGUUGUCUGUUGCCUGUCACAGUAGCAGCUCAGAAUGGAUAUGUUGUAUACAAUUUACAGAAGUACUACACAAAUCAACUCUAUAUUGACUACUGAAUAACAUGGCGUGAUUCUAUAGGUUUCGAUUAUUAAGAUUUUUUUUAAUAUUUUCAUAAAGAUCUUUAGUAUAUCUAAAUAAUCCUAUUAAAACUAUAUUAACAUGUUUAAUACUUUGAGGAACUCUAUUAUAUAUCAAAUUAAAAAAUACGGGCAACGAACGUACAUAGGAAAUUCAUUAGAUACCAUUACAAAUAAUUCAAGUCGACGACAAUCUAAAGAACCAUUGAAUAUUUCCUAUCAAUUAUGUGGCCAACCAACAGCAAUAACACAUCCGCAUUUAAUGAAGAAUGGAGAAGUUGUACCUGGUAUUCAGCUUUGUGAAUUCAAAAAGAGACGAGACAAACUGAUAAAGAAUAUUAUUUCAUAUGCUUGUGUCACAAAUCUAGGCAAAUCACAUAUUAUCAUUAUUCCUUCUGCAUCCAAAGUAUACAUGUCUGACAAAAUUCCGUAUGUUUUUCGUCAAAAUACGGACUUUUUGUAUUUUACUGGUUGUCAAGAAGCCAAUAGUAUUUUGAUAAUUACAGCAAAAAAUGAAAACUUUGUAACUACCCUAUUUCUAACACAACAAGAUGAACAUUCUGAACUAUGGGAUGGCCCUAAAACUGGAAUUGAAAUAGCACCUAAAAUGUUUGGUGUUGAUGCAGCAUUUCCAGUAACAGAGUUCGAACAGUUUUUUACUUCUUUUAUGAAUGAAAAUAAAAAAAGUACUAUUUGGUAUGACAAUGUUGAUGUAGCACAACCUAAUUUACAUAAUAAAUUAUGUGAAUUAAUGAAAAUAACAAGUGGUCAAAUGGUUGUUUCUCCAACAAAUAUAAUACAUAAAAUCAGAUUAAUUAAAUCACAAUCUGAAAUAGAUUUAAUGAGAAAAAGUUGUGAAAUUAUAUCAGCAGCAAUAUCUAAAACUAUAGAAAUAUCAAAACCUAAAAUGAGUGAGCAUCAUCUGUUUGCAACUGUGGAUUAUGAAUGUAGAAUGAAUGGUGCAGAAUUUUUAGCAUAUCCACCAGUUGUUGCUGCGGGUAGCAAUGCCAAUAUUAUCCAUUAUAUUACUAACAAUCAAAUAAUUAAAGAUGGAGAUAUGGUUUUGAUGGAUGCAGGUUGUGAAUAUCAUGGAUAUUCAUCUGAUGUAACCAGAACAUGGCCAAUUAAUGGAACAUUUACUCAAGAACAAAAAAUUUUAUAUGACAUAGUACUGGAUGUUCAAAAUAUUUUAAUUCAUAAACUAAAAGAAUUACCAUCGUUAGAUCAAUUAUAUCAUGAUAUGUGCUUUUUAUUAGGCAAAAGAUUACAAGAAAGUGGUCUGAUACCAAAACAUUUGAAUAAAAACGAAUUAUUUUCUGCGGUUUACACUUAUUGCCCACAUCAUGUAAGCCAUUAUUUGGGGAUGGAUGUACAUGACACUGGGAAAAUUUCUAGGAGUCUGAAGCUUCAACCAGGAAUGAUAAUCACAGUGGAACCUGGAAUAUAUAUUAAUCAUAAAAAUCGAUUUGCGCCACCAGAAUUUUAUGGCUUAGCUGUUCGUAUUGAAGAUGAUAUUUUAAUAACAGAAAAUGAUUCAAUAAAUUUAACGGAAAACUGUCCGAAAGAAAUUAUCAAGAUUGAAGCUUUAGCGAGUCAACAUUUGUAAUGAUAAAAUUAAGUAUGUAAUACAUAAAAGAUGACUGCAUACAAAAUUAUGCAUAUUUUUAUUUUAUUCGUAAAUUUGUUUAUAUGUGAAUAAAUGAAUAUUAUAUACUUGCAACCAAUAAAGGAUAACUAAGAAAAACAAUAACACGGUAUACACAAAAAGGGCUAGUACAAACAUUUAUGUAAAAUUAAAUUCAUUCACGAACUGAUUACUCAAAUAUAAAUGAUAGCCCAAAUACCACAAAUAUAUAUAUAUAUAUUUAUA